GGUUUCUUCGAUGGAAAAUCCUUUUCUGUAUGCCCAAUCUUUCUGAACUCGUAGCAUAUCGUAGGAGGGUGACCAUUGAUGUACCACCAGAUAGUGAUCGAGGAUUAACCAGGGUCCACCUGCCUGACCUCUCAAGUAAUCCUGAUCGUCGCCAAAGGUCGCGAGGAAUGUAUCGUUGUUCAGAUCCAUGAUUUCAAGGGAGCUUACUGGUC